CACCGGGACCCCCCGGCACCGGGACCCCCCGGCCCUGAGCCCUCCCGGCACCGGGACCUCUGUCAGCUCCCGACCCCGCCGGCUGCCGACCCGCCGGCUCCGACUCACUCAGUUCCGGGACCCCCCCGGGUUCCGACCCACGCGGCUCCGGGAGCCCCCCGGGACCGGGACUCUCUGGCUCUGACCCGCCCUAUCUCCAGCCCCCUCAGCACCGGGGUGCACUCCCUGUCUUCCAACCCCGCCGGCUCCUGGAGCCCCGGCACCGGGAACCCUUCCCCGCUCCGGGUAUCCCCCGGUCCCGGAUUUCCUCCCCUGCCCCGCUCCCGGUGCGAUGUCCGCGGGUGUCCUCGGGCAGCUCCAGCCCAGGGCUGAUGUUCUGUGUUCUGUGUCUCCGCCCGGGUCACUGCACCGAUGGAAAAGGCCUGGAGGGGAUUUCCGUAAUUCCAGUGUCAUUCACUGCCGUUACCACGGCAGAGACCGUGCGGGAAAGCGAGUCAUGUUCUAUCACACCCUGUAGUAAAUAGAGGAACAAACUUAGUGACGCGACUGAGAUGUGCACAGGACAGCUUGGUAUUCUGCACAGCGCUCCAGCGACACAAGAAGACACACAGUUUCGAGCAAGUCAGACAAACACUGUGACUUAAAACUAUGAAAUUCUCGACCAGGUUGAGCCAGCUCAGUGAAGAAAACCUGCUGGUUCUGACUGUUGCCACCAAGCAGACUGAGGGGUUCCAGCGCUUCAGAAGAUCAGCCCAGUUCUUCAACUACAAAGUCCAGGUGCUGGGGCUGGAUGAGGAGUGGCAGGGUGGAGAUGACCAGAAUCCAGCUGGAGGUGGGCAGAAGGUCCGUCUCCUGAAAGCAGCUCUGAAGCAGUUUGGGGAUAAGGAGGACCUGAUCAUCCUUUUUGUAGACAGCUAUGACGUGCUCUUUGCUUCGGGCCCCACAGAGCUGCUGAAGAAGUUCAGACAAGCCAAGAGCAAGGUGGUUUUCUCAGCAGAGAACUACAUUUACCCUGACAGAAAGUUGGAAGCCAAGUAUCCUCAGGUGCGAGAUGGAAAGCGCUUCCUGGGUUCUGGAGGCUUCAUAGGUUAUGCUCCAAACCUGAAGAAGCUUGUGGAGGAGUGGAAAGGAGAGGAUGAUGACAGUGACCAGCUCUUCUAUACAAACAUCUUCUUGGAUCCAGAAAAAAGAGAAAGCAUCAACAUCAGUCUAGACCAAAGAAGCCGGAUCUUCCAAAACCUAGACGGAGCAUUAGAUGAGAUAGUCAUGAAGUUUGAAAACUCACGAGUGAGAGCAAGAAACUUGUUAUAUGACACCCUGCCUGUGGUGAUUCAUGGAAAUGGACCCACCAAGCUGCAGCUGAACUACCUGGGAAACUACAUUCCUCAAGUAUGGACAUUUGAGACUGGCUGCACUGUGUGUGAUGAAGGUCUGCGAAGCCUCACAGGGUUUAAGGAUGAGGCACUGCCAAUGAUCCUGAUUGGAAUUUUCAUCGAGCAGCCCACCCCAUUCCUCUCCCAGUUUUUCUUACGUCUUCGUAACCUCCAUUACCCGAAGCAACGAAUCCAGCUCUUCAUUCACAACAGUGAGGAACAUCACUUGAUGGAGGUGGACUCUUUUGUAGAAGAGCAUGGCAAAGAAUAUCUCUCUGUCAAGGUGAUGGGGCCAGAUGAUGAGGUGGAGAACGCUGAGGCACGUAACUUGGGCAUGGAUUUGUGCAGGAAUGAUCCUGACUGUGACUAUUACUUUAGCCUGGAUGCUGAGGUAGUUCUGAAGAACACAGAGACUCUGAGGAUCCUGAUCGAACAGAACAAGCUGGUGAUUGCCCCUCUGGUGAGCCGGCAUGAGAAGCUGUGGUCCAACUUCUGGGGAGCUCUGAGCCCUGAUGGAUACUAUGCCCGCUCAGAAGAUUAUGUGGAUAUUGUUCAAAGGAGGAGGGUGGGGCUUUGGAACGUUCCCUACAUCAGCAGUGUUUACAUGGUUAAAGCCAAGGCGCUGCGCUCGGAGCUUGACCAGGAAGAUCUUUUCCACAGUGGCAAACUGGAUGCUGACAUGGCUUUCUGCCACAACGUUAGGAAUCAGGGAGUCUUUAUGUACCUGACAAACCGGCACCAGUUCGGACACAUCCUGUCCCUGGAGAAUUACCAGACAACUCACCUCCACAACGACCUCUGGCAAAUAUUCAGCAAUCCUGAGGACUGGAGAGAAAAGUACAUCCAUGAAAACUACACAGCAGCUCUGAAGGGGAAAUUGGUAGAAAUGCCCUGCCCAGAUGUUUACUGGUUCCCCAUAUUCACUGACACUGCCUGUGAUGAGCUGGUGGAAGAAAUGGAACAUUAUGGCCAGUGGUCCACAGGUGACAACACGGACAGCAGAAUACAAGGAGGAUAUGAGAACGUCCCAACUAUUGACAUACACAUGAACCAAAUUGGCUUUGAAAGAGAAUGGUAUAAGUUUCUUCUGGACUAUAUUGCACCCAUCACAGAGAAACUGUACCCAGGAUACUACACCAAGACUCAGUUUGAACUGGCCUUUGUGGUUCGCUACAAACCCGACGAGCAGCCGUCCCUGAUGCCCCACCAUGACGCCUCCACCUUCACCAUCAACAUUGCCCUGAACCGAGUUGGGAUAGACUAUGAGGGAGGAGGCUGCCGGUUCCUGCGCUACAACUGCUCCAUCCGAGCUCCACGGAAAGGAUGGACCCUCAUGCACCCAGGACGCCUGACCCACUACCACGAAGGGCUCCCAACCACCAAAGGGACUCGUUAUAUCGCAGUGUCCUUUCUUGACCCCUAGAGCAUUGCUUCCCAGCAAGGACCUUUCCCUGGCCUGCUCACUGCUGACUCUGAGUGGAAACAGGGAAUGCUGCUGAGAGUUUCUAAGGCAUUGUUCAAAGGUAUUUGGAUAUUGAUUUUUAAUGGUAUUUUAAGACUCCACUACUGGAAGAUCUCCCUCUCUGAUACUGCAGGUAAUAUCUAGGAAUAUUGCUGUAGAAUUGCGAAGGAGAUUUUGUGCCUUCAUUUUUGAUUCUGCUCCUCAUCCGCUGUUUCUUGGAAGUGCCAUUUACUUGAACCUUCUAUCACGGAAUGGUUGGCUUUAAAAAAUGCUUUCCUGGACUGGAAAUCCAGCUUUUUGGAGGCAAGUCACAAGCUGGAAGCCUGUUUUCAUCUACAGCAUAUACAGGACUGGAUGUUAGACAAUAAUUCCUGGACACUAUUCCAAAUACAAAGCAAUCAGGGAGCUGACUCCAGCAGUCAUAGGAGUUAAAUGUCACAUCAGAUGAAACUCAGCAGUAAGAGCCUGAAGAUCAUCUGAUUCCUUACCUCUUUGCAGUCCUUGCAAGCCUAUCACAAAGUUCAAAGCAGCAGCAGUGGCAAUAUAGGUGCUUCUGAUCAGCUGAAAGAAGGUCCUCUAAUGAUGCUUUACCUCUGGGAUUAGACUGAAGAGAUAAAACAGCCUCCCUACCUUUUGUUUCUGCAGCUAAGAGCAACAGGGAUACCCACACGAAUUCAGACCAUCUCAGUCUGUGAAGAUCAGAUCUAAGAAAGGGAAGUCUGGGAACAACUGCAUCAGUCAGAAGGGCUUCACUGUGGAAUUGUCUCUGUUCUUUACCAUGUUGUCAAAACCUCUGAUCAAUCUCUGGAUAACAUCCCAGAGGUCCUGGUGGUGUUUGGUGGCCUCAUUCCAAUUGUCAGAGAUUGUUUUGGUCAUUUUCUUUGAUGGCCCAUUCACAUUAGGUGUAAAGAGCUGUUCUCUGGUUCUUAGGGGAAAUAAUUAUUCAGCGUUUCUAUUAUUUAAGAUUGCAAACCAAAACACUCCACUGCAGACAGUUCUCCAGUGGGGUCGAGGCUGAUAGAAAUGAGUGGUUGGGAAGUGCUGAGAGAUUGUGAUGAACUAGUAGGUGUAAAAAUCUAUCAAGAGUAGUACCAUGGUUAGAGAGGGAAGGGGAAAAACCUUUUCCGCCUGUGCCUGUGAGAUCCCUGCUCUGCUUAUCCCACACUGUUAUCCUCUGGCUCUGCCAGACUAGGGCGUUUCACAAGCAGUAAAUUCACAUCAUGAUUGUCCUUAGG